UCUCACUAUAUAUAGCAAAGAGCCUAGCAUUUGGUUAAUGCACCAAAACAAAAAGAAAUCAUUAGUAAAGAUGUCUCUUGGGAGCUUAAAAUUUGUGUUUCUUCUAUUAUCCUUCCUCUUCCUUUUCAAUUUUGGGAAAAGCCAACAACUUAUUGUAAAUUACUACAAUCAAAGUUGCCCAAAAGCUGAAGAUAUAAUCAAAGAGGAAGUUUUUUCUUUAUACAAAAGACAUGGAAACUCAGCCAUUUCAUGGAUUAGAAAUCUCUUCCAUGAUUGCAUGGUCAAGUCAUGUGAUGCAUCUCUUCUGUUAGAGAUGAAAAAGGAAGAAGGUGUAAUUAUAUCAGAAAUGAAGUCUUCAAGAAGUUUUGGGAUAAGGAAUCUCAAAUAUGUUAAUAAAAUCAAACAAGUCCUUGAAAAUGAAUGCCCCAACACUGUUUCUUGUGCUGAUAUUAUGGCUCUUGCUGCAAGAGAUGCCAUUGUUCUGUUAGGGGGGUUGGAGAUGGAAAUGAAAACAGGAAGAAGAGAUGCCAAAGAAAGCUAUGGAGGAAUAGUGGAAGAAAUGAUUCCAAAUCAUAAUGACUCUCUUUCAUUGGUUCUUUCUCACUUUCAAGAUAUUGGAAUUGAUGCUCAAGCUACUGUUGCUCUUCUAGGAGCUCACUCGGUGGGUCGAGUCCACUGUGUAAACCUAGUAAACCGACUCUAUCCGACCGUGGACCCAACUUUGGAUCCGGAUCACGCAGAGUAUCUAAAAGAAAGGUGCCCGAACCCGAACCCAGACCCGAAGGCAGUCCAAUACGCUAGAAACGAUUUGGAAACCCCGAUGGUGUUGGACAACAAUUACUACAAAAACGUAUUGGGCCACAAGGCCCUUUUGUUAGUGGACCAGCAGUUGGGCUCAAGCCCAAUAACUCUUCCUUAUGUCCAACAAAUGGCCUCCAAUAACACCUACUUUCUGGCUCAAUUUGCUAGGGCAUUGCUCUUGCUGUCUGAGAACAACCCUCUCAGUGAUGAAGAAGGAGAGAUUAGGAAGGAUUGUCGACGUGUCAACAUUUGAUAGGUCAGAAAAUGGUGAGAGAGAGAAGUUUGGUUGUGUGAUAUACAAUAUGGUUUAAUAUGUACCUUUUCAUACUAUAUCAGAAACUAUGCAAAUUUAUAUUGGGGGAUGUGGUUUUAUUAUGAGCUCAAUUUGAAUUUAUAUA